AGUCACUCAAAAAAGUUUGUUUAGUUUCCGUUCUGUCGUCUACCAUAAUGUGUUUCGCUUUGUGAAAUUAGAAAAAAUGCUGUCCAACAAACGUCUCGUCGCUGUUUGCGCGAUUGCCUUCUGCUGCAACGUAGCUGUGCUGGUGCUCUUCGUCAGCUACAACGCCUAUGAAAGAUGUUAUGUCACAAUAGACGAGCAACAAGAGGUAACAGCGGUUCUCCCUACCAACUUUCUCAGCAUCGGAAUUGAUACAUCUCAAGUAGAAGAUUUCGACAGACUAGAUUUUUUAAACAAACGCUUUGUUGAACUAGCGUCCGAGUUGGCUCCGGCUCGCAUGCGCCUCGGCGGGACUAUGUCCGACAGACUCAUAUUCAGCACCUUGCCAGAAACUAUUAGCUGCGAACACUGCCACGACGGAAACCAGACCGGCCACGCCUGUGGCGCACUGAAAAAACUUUGCAAACACAAAUUCUUGCCAUUCUUCAUUUUGACUGGUCAAAAAUGGGACGAAAUUAACUCCUUCUGUUCCAAAACUCAUAUCAAAUUAUUGUUCACCAUCAACGUGCUCCUACGCGACCACCACGCCUGGGACGAGCGCAACGCGCGCGCCCUGCUCGCCCACUCCCACCGGCGGCACUACAAGAUAGACUGGCAGCUGGGUAAUGAACCUAAUUCAUUCCCGCAUGUUUAUAACACCACCAUUACCCCCAAAUCAUUAGCCAAAGAUUUCAAGAAACUACGAAAACUUCUGAAUGAAACUGGCUAUGGUAACUCAUUACUGGUGGGCCCUGACACUACUCGUCCUCAAGAGAAGCGGCCAGAAUGCCUCAAGUACAUGGUAGAUUUUUUGGGAAAUGGUUCCAAUUACAUUAAUGUCCGUUCCUGGCAUCAAUAUUAUUUAAACAGUAGAACUGCCAAAUUAGAAGAUUUUUGGGAUCCAGACACAUUUGAUUUGUUGGAUGAGCAAAUAAAGACUAUGAAGUCACAUACCAAGGACUAUGAUCAUAUGCCAAUGUGGCUCACUGAAACUAGCAGUUCCUAUGGAGGCGGUGCUCCGGGCCUGUCCAACUCCUUUGCUGGCUCUCCCUUGUGGCUGGACAAGCUGGGGCUCUCUGCAAAGUAUAACAUCACCACUGUGGUACGGCAAAGUUUUUAUGGUGGAAACUAUAGUUUGAUUGACACAGAAUUGGAACCUCUGCCUGAUUGGUGGGUGAGUGUUUUGUACAAGAGACUUGUCGGAAGCAAAGUCCUGCACGUUGACUGUCAGUGCUCUCGAUUCCAGAGGAUGUAUGCUCAUUGUGCAAAUAGAAGAUACACAAAUGACACAUCAGCUAUAACUGUUUAUGCUGUAAAUUUAGAGAUGGCUAAAGCUCGUUUUCUUAUCAAUGGGACAGCUAUUCAUGGCAAAGAUUUGCUAAUUGACGAAUACAUUAUCAGUGCCCCUUCAAACAACAGAAGAACGAAAACUGUGCUACUAAAUGGCUGGCCGUUGUACUAUGAAUCAUCGUUGCCUGACUUGCAGCCACGCCACCUCAAGUAUGGCAACCACAUUUCUAUGCCUCCGUACUCCAUUGGCUUCUGGGUCAUCAAGAACACAUCCAUAAAAGUUUGUAUGUAAAACUCCAUUAAUUUUAAGUACCUACCUACUUAGCUACAUUGGUUUUACUUAACAUUGUACAUAAAUAUUUUAUGUACAGUUCAAAGAAAAUACCCUAUAGAUGUUGCAGUUUUACAGGUAAUUGUACCACUUAUAUAUUUUUAAGAGUGUGAGGAGCACCUGCAUUCUCAUUGUAGUUUCACAUGAUCUCAACAUUAUUAGUAUGAGCGUAUUGACCAGCCCAGUGCUUGAAAAUGUAAUAUAGCCAUUACAAUACAGGGUACAUUGUAAUUUAACACAUUUCUAAACACAUUAGGAGUAAAAUCUGUACUUUUUCUUCACUACUUCUAUAAAUAAUGUGAUAAAUUACAAUACCUCCUGUAUGUUUUAGUUAAUCUUUAAUUUUAAUUAUUCUGUUAGAAUCAAAAAUCUCAUGUUUAGUCUACAUUCCAAGUCUACCUAUUAUAGUUCAAUUGAUUUAUUAUUAAUUAAAAUGAAAACAAUUGAUUUAAAGCCUUUUAUUAAAGGCUAAUUAAUUUAUAGACAUUUCCGGAAACGUUUCAUCAUCAAUAUUAGCGUUUGUGGUAUUGAUUGGGUUGCAAAAGAAAAAAAUAUUUUGUCCUAAGAUACAUAAGUGAAAAAACAUAACUCUACGAAGUUGAUCACUUCUUCUGUUAUUAUUGCAUUAAUGUUUACAUGUUCAGAUUUUACUAAAUAUUAAUUACAGAGAAAUAAUAUUUACUAGAUGUCGUUUAUUAAAGUUAUCUCUUGCAAGUCCUCAAUUGCCAGCCUUGUCCGCUAGUCAAGGAGUGCAUCUGACAUUGAACUGUCUCAGCAUGAUAAAUGGCUCCAAUUGCAUGUAUAUUUGCAGAAUUGGCGCGUUAACGCCAAUCACAUGCGCCCGUACGGCGGACAUUGUAAUGCAUUUGAGUGGCCACUGCAUCUUUAUGAUCACAAGUGCCUUUAUAACACUUCCUUCAAUAGAUGGCAAUAACGUGUGAUAAACAUUCUAAUUAAAACUAUACAGGGUGUCCCGUAAUGUAACGUCAAGCCGGAACUAGGUGUUGAGGCAAGUUAUGCUG